CAUACCGAGCAUUUGUCAAUAAUAUCGGCGAGAAGUGUAUUUUGUCGUGGGAGUGUUUUCAUAAAAGCCACAAAGUGUUAGUAAUAUUGAGCGUAUUGAUUAGAAAGUAAUGUUUUCGGGUGAAGAUUCGAGUGGCGAUGCCCUAAAUAAUGCGGGGCAAUUCGCGACAUGGGCAAUUAGCCAAACAACAUGCAAUAAUAUGUCUAACGAACAAGUCGAUUGGGCAGCGCUUGCUCAGCAAUGGAUUCAAAUGAAGGAAUCCACAUCAUAUGUGGCCCCGGUAGUGGCACCGCCUCCACCAACAGGGAUGCCUGCGAUAAAUACAUACGAGGAAAAAGGUGAAGCCGAUAUGGAAGUUGUAAAGGAAGACGAGAACGGAUUUGCGGAGAAUUCUGGUAAUGGCUCCACCGAUGGGGCGAACAAUAUCUCAAAUGGAAUUUAUCGGAUCCAGCCUGGAUGGCAAUCGGCCUGGUAUCCAGAUCAAUCCCAGUGGCGAUCAGGAUCUUGGAACAACUGGUCGAGCGGAAACCAAAACACAAUCAAUAUAAAUGAAAUCAAUGCACCGCCAGCACCUUCGAUGACAAUACUCAAAGGGACUGCACCAACAAAUAGAUCAACAACCCCUGAACCAACUGUGAAUUCAUCAUCUGGUGUGGACACUGUUAAAAGAAAAACUCUUCCAGCGUGGAUUCGAGAGGGAUUAGAAAAAAUGGAAAAAGAAAAACUGAAACAACUAGAAAAACAGAAAGAACCGAAAACCACAUCCGAAAGCGUAACUAAAAAUUUGAAUGUAAGUCCAGUACGUUUAGCAAAUGAUAUUAUCAAAGUAAGAACUGACAAAACGUUUCAAGAGAGUGACAAUUCGGCCGACGAGAUUGAUGGCCUUGACAGCGAACAGAAAGUUGAUGAUAUUGCAAGGACUAGUCCCAGCUCACCAAUUAGGAGUAGCCAAAGCAAUCAGGUUGUAACAAAAACACGCGAAGAAAUAAUGGAAGAAUGGAUGCUUGUGGUGCGCAGAUCGCUAACUGAACUUUUACUAGAGGUGACAAACGAAGAAAUUUACAAUGUUGCACAGGAAAUGUUAAGAAAGAGCAAAACAAAAGCAUCUUCAGCACAAGUUUUCCGUAAAAGCGCUAUAUCUUCCAUAACGGGAAAAUUGGGUUUAGGAGCGUAUGCAGAUAGCGGAAGCGAUAUGAGCGACUCGGAAGAGGAAGUCAAUCAAAGUAAAAGUGAUUCAGAAGAAGAACUCAGGGAAACCAUAAGAAGUCGGCAAAAUGCAUUCAAACCAAUUGCGCAGGAAAUCGAAAAGGCUGCUCGGGAGGCUGAGCAACGUGAACAACGAAGAACUGUCGAUCACGAUGGUGAAACCGCGUCAGAAACGAAGGCAACUAAAAAAGGUUAUGAUAUAGAUUCUGGUGAGCCACAGCCUGAUAAAAAAUCCCAACAUAAUGGUAAACGGCCGCGUGAGCGUACAUCGCGAUUCAGUGACGUGAAAGACCUAAAAAACAGAGCCAGUGCGUACAUACACACGCUGGUUCCGCCCGCAUCCAUGCCAAGUUCGAGUAAUAAUGACUUCGAGCCGAAAAAAUCGAGCUCUAUAGCAAGUAGUGCAACUACAUCGUCGACAUCGAAAUCACGACGAUAUUCUGAUUCGUCUAGUUCUUCGUCGGCCUCGUCCGAUUCCUAUCAUAGACGUAGACACAGACGGACCCGUGAACGAUCCUAUAAGGGUAGCAAUAGUGGUAAUGGUAAUAGGCGCGACCACAGUCGCGACUCAUCCGAUUCUGAUGAUUACUCGUCAAGACGGUCAAAGAAAUAUCGUAGCUCACGAAGUUCGUACUCCAGAGAUCGGUCUCGGUCUCGUAGUCGAUCGCGAUCCCGAUCGCAAUCGCAUUCGGGAAAGUCGAGAUACUAAAUAUUUUGCAUAUACGAUUUAUUUUAAUUUGGAAGUAUUUAUACAGUUUCUAAAUUCUCUUCCAUAAUAAAUAGAAUUCGUAUUAAGCAGUAACAAAAUAGCAAUAUAAAUAUUUAAGCACAAUUAUAUGAUUGACCCAUUUUAGAGGUGGAUGAUUUGUGCUUUAUUAUUUCUGUGUCACCUGUGAAUUGUGGGUUGAGUGCAAAAGUGAUCUUUUCAUAAGAACGCUAUUGAAAGUUUGAAAAUUGUCCAAACUGGUAAAGAUCCGGGCUUAUGUUUUAAAAUAUACAUUAUCGCAAUUUACAAAAUAUACAAAACUUCACUUAACCCACAAUUUACUGGCCCCACAGAUUUAUAUAUUAGGGAUUAAUGUUAAGAAUCGUUUUAUUAUUUCGAAGUGAAAAAUGUGUUGAAUAAAGAAGAGUAAUACGUGUUUCAA